GUCACUGACGUGGCGAAAGCGGCGCUUUUCCCUCCUCCUCCUCUCCGCCGAGGACAGAGAAGUAUCCCAGGCGGGAUUUGUCGCUGUGUUUGAACGAUCCUUCUUUUAGGAAAAAAGGCCCCUUUCACAUCUCUGCAGCUCAUAUAUUUGUAAAGAUUACACAAGUGACACUAGUGAUUCGAUUUAAAUCAAAACGAGGGCGCGCUUACCCUCAGACACAGACAGGCCAUCAUGAAGCUAACGGACAAUGUGCUGCGGAGCUUCAGGGUUGCUAAAGUGUUUCGCGAAAACACAGACAAAAUUAAUUGCUUCGACUUCAGCUCGAAUGGUGAAACGAUUAUUUCCAGCAGCGACGAUGACUCGCUAGUCUUGUAUGACUGCCAGGAGGGAAAACCCAAGAGGACUCUCUACAGUAAAAAGUAUGGCGUGGAUCUGAUCAGGUACACACAUGCUGCAAACACUGUGGUCUACAGUUCCAACAAAAUCGAUGACACUAUUCGGUACUUGUCCCUUCAUGACAACAAAUACAUCCGCUACUUUCCGGGGCAUAACAAAAGAGUGACAUCUCUCUCCAUGUCUCCUGUGGAUGACACAUUUAUUUCUGGCUCAUUAGAUAAAACAAUCAGACUGUGGGAUCUGCGAUCACCCAACUGUCAGGGUCUGAUGCACCUGCAGGGGAAGCCAGUUUGCUCAUUUGACCCAGAGGGUCUGAUUUUUGCUGCUGGAAUAAAUUCAGAAAUGGUUAAACUUUAUGAUUUGCGGUCGUUUGAUAAGGGUCCAUUUGCAACCUUUAAGCUUCAGUAUGAUCGAACAUGUGAGUGGACAGGACUGAAGUUUAGCAAUGAUGGAAAGCUCAUUCUUCUCUCUACUAAUGGUGGAGCUCUGCGCAUCUUAGAUGCUUUUAAGGGUGCUGUGCUUCACUCCUUUGGGGGUUACAACAACAGUAAAGGUGUAACACUGGAGGCUUCAUUCACUCCUGAUUCUCAGUUUGUUAUGAUAGGCUCCGAGGACGGAAAGAUCCACGUGUGGAACGCCGAGAGUGGAAUGAAGGUGGCUUUGUUAGACGGGAAGCACACGGGCCCGAUUACCUGCCUGCAGUUCAAUCCGAAGUUCAUGACGUUUGCAAGCGCAUGCUCUAACAUGGCAUUCUGGCUCCCCACCAUUGAUGAAUGAUGACAGGAAGCAGAGUAACCAGCAGGGGUCAUCGCAGUCAGCUCCGUAUGGACCUGUGUGAAAAAUCAGAUGAAAUUUGUAAAUAAUGACUUUACAGAAAUGAUCAGUUGUGCAUUCUUUUUUUUAUAAAUGUUUUUCUAUUUAACAUUAAAGAGUUUCUAA